AUGGCUAGUCUCCAGAGAGAGAAUCCUCAACCGGAGACAUCUCUCCCGGAGACCAACCAGCCUCAGCCUUUCCCCCCCCCAACAACAACACCACCACCACCACCGUCAACUGACCCAAUAAAGCAACCACAGUCGCAACCACCACCACCACCCCCUCAGCCGGAUCAAUACCCACCACCACCACAAAGCACGAUGUACCCGCCUCUGCCGGCUCCAUACCCACCACCACCGCAUUGCCCCGUAUACCCGCCUCCGCCAGGACCCUACCCACCAAUGCAAAACCCGAUGUGCACGUCUCCGUCAUACCCAGAAAACUACGCUCCUCAGCCACCGCCAGGUUCACAACAAACUGGGAUUCCCAUGGGAUACCCGGUGGUGUGUACUCAACAAAGGUGGAAAUCCGGGUUAUUCGAUUGCCUCGAUGAUCCCGCCAACACUAUUAUUACAUUCUUCCUCCCCUGCUUGACGUUCGGACAGAUUGCAGAGAUAGUUGACGAUGGCCAAACCCCUUGUGGGCUCAUGGCGCUGCUUUAUGCUGCGAUCCAAUUUGCUAUCGGCUUCCCCUGUGUCUGUUCGUGCAUUUAUCGGACCAAGCUGAGGAACAAAUUUGGGCUCCUGGAGUCACCCGGCCCCGACUGGCUUGUUCACUUCUGUUGUGAAUAUUGUGCUCUCUGCCAAGAAUACAGGGAACUCCGUCAUAGAGGCUUUGACCCUUCAAUAGGUAAUACCGUAAUAGGGGAAGGGACUUCAGAUUACGGUUCUGAUUGA